UUUUAUAAUAUCGGGCCAUCCCGGACAGUACUCGUACGACGAUGUUAGGUUAACCCGUGGCGGGAUCGAAGCAACCUGCACGCUCUCAACAAAUUUCAAAAAAUAGUACAUUAAAAUCGGAAGAACGAUUUCGCGCCGAUUUCAUGAUUGAGCAAAAACGGGAAAAAAAACGACCAGGAAACGACGACUCUUGAUACUGCAUGAAACGGUAUCAAACGAGAGACACCUGUGACGGCCGUGAGAUGCGUGUAAACGUGGAAGGGAUAACAUGGCUACCGCAUGGUGACGUCCCGCUGAUCGGUCGCCGUAUCAGAUGCUCGGGAAAACAUCUGGCGACUGUUUAACGACGUGCUGUGUUUCGAUAGUGUUCCGCCGACAGGACACCGUGCCAGAGGGAGGACCAUUCGCGAAGGCGUGCGUACCGAAGACGCGAUCAUGAACAUGUGGAAAGUGCGGGAGCUGAUGGACAAGGCGACCAAUGUAGUAAUGAACUAUACGGAAACGGAGGCCAAGGUUCGGGAAGCAACGAAUGACGACGCAUGGGGACCCACAGGGGCGAUGAUGCAAGAACUGGCUCAGGCCACAUUCACGUACGAGCAAUUUCCGGAGGUAAUGUCCAUGCUUUGGAAGAGGAUGUUGCAAGAGAAUAAACGAAAUUGGCGACGAACGUACAAGUCAUUACUUCUUCUUAACUACUUAGUUCGUAAUGGCUCGGAACGGGUCGUCACGUCGUCACGUGAACACAUUUACGACCUCAAGUCCUUAGAAAAUUAUACCUGUAUUGAUGAAUUUGGAAAAGACCAAGGAAUAAAUAUUAGACAUAAAGUUAGGGAAUUGAUCGACUUCAUUCAGGAUGAUGACAAGCUCAGAGAGGAAAGGAAAAAGGCGAAGAAAAAUAAGGAUAAAUACGUGGGCUUAUCGAGCGAAGCGAUGGGAAUGAGAUUUGGGGGUGGUGACAGAUGGAUGGACAAUCCUAAAUGGAACAAAUCUACUGUAGAGGCAUACAAUGACUGGGAUAAUAAUCGUGGAAAAGGUUUCGAAGACGCAAAUAACAGUGAUGACGGCGAGAGAGAAGAUUCAGACAAUGAUACUAGCCCGAAGAAGGGCGGGAGAGAGUAUAGAGAUACGCUGGACAAUAUGAAUCAAAUUGGUAAAUCUGCUCAAAUAUCCGUACCUUCUACAAAUGCAUCUCCAGCGCGGACAACGAGAACGAUCAAAAAAGUAGAUCUGGGGGCAGCUGCUAAUUAUGGAAAGGAGCAGUCUAACAAUAGUACACCGGCGCAGCAAAGUAAUAACUUAUCGUCGUCGUCGGCGAGUCAGCAGAAGACUAAAAAUGAUAUAUUAAACGACAUCUUCGAGUCGUCGCAGAACGAUAAUAGACUGGACGACGAUGAUUUCAAUCCAAGGGCGAGCACCCAGUCCUGCGUUCCGCAACCGCAAAAUGCGAACGUGGAUUUCGGUGAUUUCGCCAGCGCAUUCAACAAUCCUGCAGCGGCCAAGAUGAAGGAUAACAAUGACGAGUUCGCAGAUUUUACGUCUGCGUUUAACAAUGUCGCCAUAUCCAAUCCCCCGAGCCAGCCGCAGUCGCAGAUCAACUUAAUGGGCGUAACGAUGCCGGCUGCAAAUCCAGGAACGAACAAUGCGAACAGCGGUAACUCGAUAUACGCCAGUACGAUGCAGACCGCGGGCACAACGAUGUUCGGCGGACCCGUGGGUGCGCAAAACGCAUCCCAAAAGACAUCCAACGAUCUGUUUGAUUCCUUGUCAUCGCAAGGUCUCAAUAAUCAAGUAACAAAUAACAAUACAGCGACCUCAAGUGCGGACCUCUUGUCAGAUUUGGAUAGCUUGAAUACCACAACUAUGAGGCUACCAGAUAGUCGAAUCUCGAACAAUUCAAACGUUUUUAUGGGAAUGAAUGACGCACCCGUCAACACCGUCGAUUACACAGCGAAUAAAAACAAAGGGAACGCUACAUCCGCCGAGAAUCUCUCGAAUAAAGCCGCCAGUGAAUUUUUGGAAGUGUUGUGCAACAUGCACGACAUCAAAAGUCGCAUUAACUUGGAGGAAGUACGAAAAUCCGCUUCAAACUACGUCAGAUUUUUGCCGGGGCCCGUUACCCCUCAAAAGUAUAGCGGUAUCGAUUCCAACGUGACGAUCGACGCAACGUUCUACGGACGUAUCUUGGAAGAGAUAAUCGACAAGUUCGAUCGUGAUUGGCCGCUAAAUGAGGACGGCUUGGAUCCCCCGAUCGAAGAAUUAAUAGUCAUCAACGGCGCGACGAUCUUUAUGCUGGCGGAAUCUUUGAGGGCUUUCACCGCUUCCUUAAACAAAUCUGAAGACAAGAGGAAGAUUCACGUUAUCUCGACGAUUUUGCAGGCUCUGCUGAAGAGCGAUGCGAUAUUCUCGUCGAUCGUAGACACGUGCAGACACGGAUCGCAGACUUACAUGCAGGAGGAGGAGCUGGACGAGGCGUGGCGUAGCGCGGUGCAGAUUUUGAUCUCCUUGCCGAAUCGCGUGUCCAAUAAACUGCAGUUCGACACGCCGAAAUUUUACACGCCGCAGGUGUACGCGAAGGUGCUCUGCUUUCACGUGUUCCGCGCGAUAGCGUUCGUUAACGACGGCUUACGCGAAUCCGAUGUCGAACCGAGAGUGACCGCGCUCUCGUCCUUGAUCAGUAAGAUCGUAAUUAGCUUGAAGCCGACCGACUUCUCGUGUUUCACUGACAUUAUCGAGGAGUGUUGCUUCGAGAAUAAAAAGAAGGAGCGGCGCUUGGUCGAGAGUAUAUUUCGCGGCUUAGACUCAGCCGCCAUCGAGUACGUAGCUACGCUAUUUCUGAAGCGUUGCGACCCUAAGAUCGGCGUGCGUCCGAUUUUUGGGAACUUGCUGACGGAACCGAACUGGAAAUAUAUUUUAACGACCAAGAUCCCUCUGAUGCGCUACCACGAUGACGCGAGGCUGCCUGUUAAUUUGAUCUCCUACUUGUCGUCAUUCUCGGACGAACGUGAUGCCUCAUCGGAGCUGCUGAUCAAGCUGUUGGAAGUGUGGAGCGACGGGAGCAUCUUGAAUCGCGCACCCGUGGAGCAGCGCGAAUACAUCGCACAGCUGAUUAUUCUGUCGAUAAAAACGUGCAAGGAUCGUCUGAAGCAGCGCGAAAGCGAUCGGUGCCAGAAGCUAUUGCUCUCCGGCGUGUCCGUUCACCUCGAGUGCACGAAUAUAUACUUGAGAGCGAUGGGCAUGAUGACUGCCGAGAUUUGCAUAAACGCUCUGUCCACCGCGGACGCGCCCAAGUUAAAAUUCGAGUACGACAAUAUGCCCGCGAGAGCGUUGACGUUGCUCGAGUCUUUGAAGGCUCUUAGCGCGCUUACGUUGACGGUAGAUGCGAACGAACGGUACGAACGCGACGGUGAGUUAACCGUCGGCAGUCUGAUCUUCGAUUCUUCGCGCAGCAAGAAAAUCUACCAACUGGGUAUCGAUUGCGACAUAAUGCCCAAUUUCGAGAACGUAUUGAAAGUCGAAGGUGACGUCUGCUCGCCAAAGGCUGACGAGACGGAUGGUAAUCCGGCAAGAAAGAAUGAAACGCAACAGGUGGCAGGAAACGGCGAUAACAAUUCGGAUCUGGACAGCGACGAUGACUUGGUACCUUACGAUAUGACCGACGAUCUGAUGAAGCCUAGCAAGAAUCGUCCGCUUUACUUGCGGGACGUGCGCGAUAAUCUGACGGACGAGCAGACGAUCAACGAUCCCGAUGUGUUCGCCGAGUCGUUGCUAGCCUGUGAUAAGCUGAUACAGACGCAGCUAUCAAAUGACGACGCAUCCUUCGCCAUGGAGCUUCUGCAACUGUUGAUCACGUUGAGGCAACAGUCUUACGUUGAGAACUUCGAGAGUACGGUGUUUAAUUGUUGCGUUAGAAUCGUGACCGUGUGCCCGAAAGAGGGCGCCGAGUAUCUGUGCAAGGAGUUCUAUGAAGACGCUGGCAAGUACUCGCUGAGCCAACGCCUCCUGUUUCUCGACGUGUUGGCCGAAUCCGCCAGACGAUUGUCGAAAGUCGACGUUGACGAGACGAGUAUCAAUGACACGGUGGAAAAAGCGAUCGAGAGGAAACAAAUUGCGACUCGCGUGUCGCUUUUCAUCGAUAUGAAGGAGUGCAAGAAGCAAGAGUGGUACGCCGACGAUAUUGACGUUGAUCUGGAGGCGUCGCAGAGUCGAUCUGAGAACUGGCGAGACGUCGUCGAUAAAAGGAUCGCGUCACGUACGAGACGAUUCGCGGAAAGCUCCAAGUCGCCCAAGAUGCAUGCGAAUCAAUUCGCGAAUGUAGCAUCGUCAUUUUUCUAUCCACUCUUAUACGGUUUCGGCCGCAGGGACGCUUAUAAAUUUAAGAGCGUAAAGAUAUACUCAGAUCAGACGAACAUCUUGCUGUUACGCUACUUGAAGACAUUGUCCACUGUAAUGUUAGCGGCACAAAAUUCUGCGCUGGCGCCAAAAAUGGGCAAGGAGAUAUUGGAGCUCACGUGGACAUUGAGGUAUCACCCUGAAGCGCCAGUAAGAUUAGCUGUCGCAGAAAAUAUCGGAUCUGUGCUUACUACAGUGCCGCAAGAUGCUAUCGUCAAUGAAUUGCUUCAACCCGUGAUGGAAGUGAGAGAGUGGCUCGUGUCGUCGCAGAAUAUCAUUCAUGGCGAGCACGAUGCAAAUUGUAGAGCAUUAAACGAGAAAGUGCUGCUUUUAAUUGACUACAUUAUUGGAUGCUUUUUUAAAUCUGCUUAGAUUAUAGUCGAUAAUAGUACUGAAUUAAUUCAGUAUUAGAAACAUGAGUAUUAGAAAAAAAA